UCGUGUACUCUCUCUACACCUCUUCUUUAGACAAACACACACGCUUUUGCACUUCCACACAAAGGGAGUGCAUUUUCUUCAACAAAGCGAGUUCCAUUAGGAAUUCUCUCUUUAUCUCUUUCUUUAUGUGUAUAUCUUGUUGCAUGGUAUGCUCAUUUGAGGGUCUUUUAGUAGGAGAAGGCCAUGGAAGGUGGAGUUCAUGAGGCCGAUGCGUCGGCUUUUCGAGAGUGCUUCUCUCUUUCAUGGAGGAAUCCAUACGUUCUUCGCCUCGCAUUUUCGGCCGGAAUCGGAGGCCUCCUCUUUGGCUAUGAUACUGGAGUAAUUUCUGGUGCUCUGCUUUACAUUCGCGAUGAUUUCUCUUCAGUCGACAAGAAGACAUGGCUGCAGGAGAGUAUAGUGAGCACUGCAGUGGCGGGCGCGAUCAUAGGAGCGGCGAUUGGAGGAUGGGCGAACGACCGAUUUGGACGGAGAGCCUCGAUCCUGGUUGCAGAUUUCCUAUUCUUCGUGGGGGCGGUGAUCAUGGCCUCUGCUCCUAACCCGGCCCUCCUCAUCGUCGGCCGUGUAUUCGUAGGCCUCGGCGUCGGCAUGGCGUCGAUGACCUCCCCGCUUUAUAUAUCAGAAGCCUCGCCGGCAAGAGUCCGAGGAGCACUAGUCAGCACCAAUGGCUUCCUCAUCACAGGAGGCCAGUUUCUGUCCUAUCUCAUCAAUCUAGCCUUCACAAAUGCGCCAGGAACCUGGAGAUGGAUGCUUGGCAUUGCAGGAGUUCCAGCUCUAGUUCAGUUUGUGCUGAUGCUGCUUCUUCCCGAAUCUCCUCGGUGGCUUUACAGAAAGAGAAGGGAAGAAGAAGCUGAAGCAAUAUUAAGGAAAAUAUACCCGCCUGACGAGGUCGAAGGGGAGAUCCAAGCUCUCAGAGAAUCAGUCGAGGCAGAAAUCGAAGAGAACAAGUCGUCAGAAAAGAUCAGCUUCGUCAAGCUGUUCAAAACAAAAACAGUGAGGAGAGGGCUAGUUGCAGGAGUUGGGCUUCAGGUUUUCCAGCAAUUCGUCGGCAUAAACACGGUAAUGUACUACAGCCCUACCAUAGUCCAAUUAGCCGGGUUCGCAUCGAACCAAACCGCGCUCGCGCUCUCCCUCGUGACGUCCGGGCUAAAUGCUAUGGGGUCUAUAGUCAGUAUCUACUUCAUUGACAGAACAGGAAGGAAGAAGCUGCUUAUUAUCAGCUUAUGUGGUGUUGUCAUGUCCCUUGCUGUUCUGUCAGCAGUUUUCCAUGAGACCACUUCACACUCUCCGAGUGUUAGUCGGUCGGAGACCGCACACUUCGCGGGCAAUACCUGCCCUGGUUACAGUGCGGCGGCGACGACUCCGUGGGAUUGCAUGAGAUGCCUCAAAGCCUCCUCCCCCGACUGCGGAUUUUGCGCUUCUGGAACUAAUAAGCUAUUUCCUGGAGCAUGUUUGAUCUCGAAUUCGACGGUGAAGGACCUAUGCCACGGAGAAGGCCGGCUGUGGUACACCAGGGGAUGUCCGAGCCGAUACGGAUGGCUAGCGCUGAUUGGCUUGGCUCUCUACAUCAUAUUCUUCUCCCCGGGGAUGGGGACCGUGCCGUGGAUCGUGAACUCGGAGAUAUAUCCUCUGAGAUACCGCGGUGUUUGCGGCGGCAUCGCGGCUACCGCAAACUGGAUAUCUAAUCUGAUUGUGGCACAAUCUUUCUUGUCGCUGACGCAGGCCAUCGGGACGUCGUGGACAUUCAUGAUCUUCGGCGUGCUAUCAUUGGUUGCAUUGUUCUUUGUGCUGAUCUUCGUGCCGGAGACCAAGGGGCUGCCGAUCGAGGAGGUCGAGAAGAUGCUAGAGCAAUGGGAACUGAGUUUCAGGUUCUGCGCUAAACGGCCGGAGAAAAUCAAAAACAAUUCAGGUGUAUAAGUGCUCUGAAUUUGAGUUAAUGCAUUGUGUUUGUAAUCAAUUACAAACAUUUCAACAAAAACAAAAAAAAAGCUUAGAUGAGAACUAAGGUACAAAGCCUAUUAGGUUCUUCAAAAUAGAGUUGGGCGCGUAUUCAGAAAGGAGGGAUUCAACGGUCGAGAUGGCAGGGGAGGAGGUGACCCGGAUGGGCCAGGUCCAUGCAAGCGUUUCUGGCCUAACACGUGAUCUUAUGGGCCUAGAAUAUAUGAGCCCAGGCCACUAAUGAUUAAUCGAAUCCCUUCUAUGUACAAGAUUAAAUUGAGCACGUGCUCAGCUCGUUUAGACUCUGUUUAGAUGCAUGAAUAUAUGUGAUCUUUUUUUUUUCAAUGUAAUCAAUAAGCACACAGUAUUUAGAAGAUGAGAUAUGCGAUCAAAUAUCGACAAAUAAUAUCA